CACACAACGGGCAGGAUCAAUGACAGCCAUUUGUUCUCCUAAUUUAUCGAAAUUCAAGAAUUGUACCUGUAUAUAGGAUUCAAUACCUGCUGAAGUGUAUUGAAUCUUGUCUAAGUUCUCCAAAAUAUUUCCACAGAAAAUAAAAUAAAAAGAAGAUGAGAGUUCUUCACUUCCUCUGCACGCUACCUGUAAAGGUCAUGAAAUCUGGAGUUUCCCUUUUGAAUUUGGAACCGACAACAGCUGCAGGGACAACGCCAAGACGCCGUCCUCUGCACACUUGUGGGGCUGCAUUUCUAGCCAUUGCCCACAAAGCAAUCAUAAGAGUGCAAGAUCUCGAUGGACCUUUAGGAUCAUCGGCCAGACGGGCUAUUCUGUUUCUCAAUUCAGUCUUCCCAUUUGUGUACAGCAUGCUGUAUCAUUGGCUGGCGCUGCUGUCCAUCAUGGAUGAUCAUAUCCUAAACGUUGAAAGCAUGGUUGAGGUUGUUUUCCCACCAUCUAAACGUUUGUUUGAUAAGAUUGACGGGCUUGUUUGCAGAGCAGAAGUCCUACCAGAACAGCUUGAUGAUUUCUUGAGAAAAUUUCCCUUGAUGGUGCAUCAGUUCCCUUUUCUUGAUUGGGUUCUUGUUCGCCUCAUUUCAUGGCUAAAUUUUCUGCUGUCCAUUCUAACUCAUUGGGGAUCAAAGAAUACGAGGGUUAAGGAGAUAACGGUAGACGUUCACUGCAAUGGCACUCAUGGCUGCAGAUCAGAACCAGAGGUAAAAACAGCAUAUUCCCCUGUGAAAUCUUCAGCCACUCAGCAAUCUGAUUCAUUAGAAGCCAAAGCCAACGCCGCAAGAAAUCACAUAGAACCCUCAAAUGCCUUGCCGUCAUCUGUGCAAGAAAAGGCCAAUGCAGCAGGGGAUCACAAGGAACCUUCAAACAUUGUGGUUCCUGAAGACAUUCGGAAAUCGAUAAAGAGAUUACAUUCUUUGAAAAACAGACCAAAGUCACUAGAAGAACCACAUUGUGCUGCAGAUUCUCCAAUGUACUCAACAUAUAAGUCUGCAAAUUCGUCUCCAGUGUCCGAUUCUCCACGCGAUGAGUCCAGUCCAUAUGGCCAAAUGGCUAAGUCAGACUGGAGCUACAAGGAAAUGCUCAAGAAGGGGAAGAAAGAAGAUGGAGAAGGGAAAGAUGAUAAUACACUGCCCGAGUCCCUUGAUGCCUUUGCCAAUGACGAAAAGGCUAGGAUUGCUGAGAACAUGAAGUAAUUAGAAAAAAGGAAGCAUACUUAAAGAGCAAGACUUGCAUCAAACUGAGUCGAGAAGCUCGUUUUUGCACUCAGGUUCUGCACGAGAACAGAAAGAAUGAGCAGAGUGUUCGAGUUCUCUUGCUAGUUUACAUAUAGACGUUGCAGAAAUUUGUGCCGAAUCAGUCAUCAAUCCAAUAGUUCUAUAUGUAAAGUAGAGCUUUAGCUAAUAGUAUUUCAUUGACUAUUUUUCUUGCUGGAUGAGUGUUUAGUUAGAGAAUCCUUUAAGGUCUAACACUUACAUGUACUGUUGUGAUGUUCCUGUCUCGAUGGUUAUCAUUGCCAAGCGAUAUUUGGUACUAUAUAUAUAUUCUUGAUUUCGAUGUA